AUGGACGAUAGGAGCAAUCGGAAGCGCAGACUUACAGACGACGUAGGCCCACCCUUCACAUCGUCGUCUUCAUCGGCAGGAGCUAGUGGUCCGGCCACCAACGGAUCGCCUGCACCCAUUACCUCUACAACCAAUACCAAGCGCCAGUUCACUGGGAGUGGGAGCGGGAGUGUCAGUCCACAGAAUGUUGGCAAGGAGGAUACCGAAACCAUGACCGCUGCCGAGGAAGUGCUGCUGAACUUUCAGAAAGAAGCCAUCUGGCGUCAGAUUCAGGAAUACAAGCGCGAAAACGUGAGGGCACAUGAACGUAUAGAACGACUGAAGGAUCAUCAGGUUGGCUAUGAUGAGCGUCUUUCAGAAUUAGACUCGCAUUGGAGCAAGCUGCUGGAGGAUUUGCGGACGAUAAUUUCGCGAUCUCGGAUGGGAGUCGAUCCAGCUGGUAUGGCCGUGAAAGAGGGGAGCGGUCUUGCAUCGGCUAUACAGCAUACACCAGCCGAGGAAUCUGAAUCUCAGGAAAUCAGGGAACUCACGGAGGAGUCGGUCAAGAAGUCGGUCGAGAAACGCUCGCGAUCAACCAAGGACUUGGCUCUGAAGCUCCUGCAUAUGGUUGAGGCCUGGUCUGAAAAGCGCGAUCGGUUCUGGAGUUCACUCCAAGCAGAUUCGUCUGUUCAAGGAAGCAGGACAGUGCAACUGUUGAGCCAGACGCAUGAAGCCCUUAUUCAGCAACACAAGAAGGGCAGGACUGCGAUCGAUCAAUUGCAGGCGCAGUGUCACGAGUAUUCCGACCGAGUGCUUCGACUCAAGAAUGAGCUCCAGAUGACCAAGCAUAGGCUGGAAGAAAAGUCAGGGGAACUGGACCAUUCCAAGGACAGGCUGCGGAGAAUGCAUCGGACAAUGGAGCGGGAGAAGAGCGCGUCGAUGUUAGGAGCAGCUGCCGACUAUGGUGCCGGCGUCGACUUUGGCUUGACAAGUGUGUCACUCUUGGGAGAUAUGAGCGAGGCCACCAGGGACGAGUUGCUGCAAUGCCGGAGGCUUGCCAUCUCACGUCAGACCGAGGUCGACGAGAUGAAGGGGCAAGACACGCAGUUGCGGGAGGAGGUUGAAAAGACACGCGCUCAAUUGGGACAUAUGUCAGAGGAGAAAAUCCAGGAUUCUCAACAUGUCAAAGCUCUACUGGUGCAGAUGCAGUCUGUACGUCACGAGUCCGAGUUCUAUCGAAGCGAGGUUCUGCGGUUGAGAUCGGAUCUAGAUGAUCUCCAUUCCAGUCGGCGCAAGUUUGUGGACACGCUCGAAAACGAGGAAAAGAACCGGAGAGCGGCAUUGGAGGCAGAGCUGAAGAAGCUGGAGAGCGAUAUUUCACGCGUUCGGGAUAGCCGAGACCGGUUCCAGCAGAUGUACGAGAACCGCUGUACCAAGGACGAUUAUGAGAUGCAGCAGAACCAGGAGAUUCGCAAAAUCGCCAAUACGCGGAAGGAUCGUAUAACAUCGCUGACGGCGGAUAUCCAACGACUCCAGACAAUGCUGGUGGCUAACUCAGAUGAUUGGGAGAGCUACGCGUUUUAUCUGAAGGGACCUAGCGAUCACGCUGCACUCAAGGACCUUCGGGACAGUCUCAAGGCUGCAGACGAGCACAUCGCAAAUCUGCGGAUGGAACUCGACACAUCCAAGGAAGUGGCGCAACAAGUCCGCGGGUAUGCAGCCGUGAAGGAGUCUGAGACGCAAUUGAAGGAUCAGGUGGCUACACUGUCGGCAAGGAUUGCCGAGUUGGACAACGUCGUCGGUUCUGGGGCCAAAGAGAAUGUGAAGUCAUUGGUGGCUACACUGGAGAAUAAGGAGGCGAAUUUGCGGAGAUUGGAGCUCAAGGUUCAAGCACACGAGGCGGUUCAAGUCCCACUGUUGAACGAGCUCCAUACGGUUGCCACCGCCUGGGGUCUACUGGAGGAGGCUACAUCCCGGAAAGCGAUCGAUCUGGCUCAGAAGGAGGAUUUGAUUUUCAAGCUAUUGUCGGACAAGACGCGACAGGAGUCCAAGUGUACGCAUCUUGUGCGCGCUAAGGAGCAGAGCUCCAAUAUGACGGCCGUCAUGAAGCGACAGUCGGACAUGCAGCUAGAGCAGAUUCAGAGACUCGAGGAGCGGGAGAAAGCUUUGGGUGUCCAGAUGGUUACGUUCGAGAAGGACCAGACGGUGCUGAGUACGGAGGUCAUUGUCCACAAGACAAAGCUCCAAGAACUGACUCAGCACAACGCUGGAUUCAAGGAGAAGUUUACAAAGCAAGAGGAGCGUCUUGUAGAACUGCAAACGUUGCUCAAGGAGAGAUCGGAUGCGUAUGAGAGCGAGGCCCAGGCACGGAAGAGAUUGGCGGAGGAAUCCGAGUCGAUGAGGAAAAAGCUGGAGGAGCAGAACAAAAAGUCGGAGAGUUCGUUGUCUGGAGGCGAGUCAUCCGAGGCGGCCAAGCAGGCGGCGCGAUACCUGAAGCUGCUCAAGUGUCCGGCGUGCGAUGUGAAUUUCAAAUCGCAUGUCAUUCUGCGAUGCAUGCACGUCUUUUGCAAGAGCUGCAUGGACAAGCAGAUGGAGUAUCGCCAGCGCAAGUGUCCCACCUGUCGCGAGAACUUUGGCGCCAAGGAUGUGAAGGAAAUUUAUCUUUAG